AGGGAGGCGGCAUACCGGGAUGCCUCCCCUAUUCGAUCACGUGACAAACAUGACGAAAACAUUGUCAGUAACAUAACGUCGUGGUUUGUAAUCGCAGUGGCUGCGAUAAGAACUAGACGGAUUUUAGGAGAAAAAGCGGACUGCAAGCAGUCUAACAGCCUUCGUGAUGCUAGCUCAGCUCUCUCCCCAAAUACGUUAAUACACUCCCGUAGUUCCCUCGAAUACCAUACCCGAUUCCUCACCAAAAUGGGCAAAUUCAGACCAAAAAAGCUCCAAAACCCUACCCUUUGGGGCGGCACAUAUACCUUUAUGGAUUAUAUAAGGGAGUACCCCCACUCCCGGGAUAAAAACAUAGCAAGAACAGCAAGACGAAAAGUCCACGGACGACAUCUGCUAUUUGGAGUAUAUUUGCAGAUCUUGAACAGCUCAAAUGGAAAUUAAGUCUUGCGUGACUUUAUUUAGCGGACAUGUUCAUUAAUUAGCUGCAAACUAAAUUAAAUAGUUUUUCAUAUGGGCGAGAGGAAAGGCUGAGAGAAAAUGGCGUAACACUAAUACCCCGCAGGACCUUCAUUCUUUCAAGGUUGCACGUAAUCACACUACAUAUCUCAUGAACAGUGCACGUCGUGAUUACUUUUCCAAUCUUAUCGCUGAGAACAGCUAGAAUCAGAGAAAGUUACUUCGUACAACCAGUUAAUUGCUAUGCGAGCCGGCUGAUGUCUCAUUUACAGAUCCCCUACCUCCAGAUGAUCUGGCCAAUAAUUUUGGCCACUAUUUUGUACAGAAGAUUGAACGUAUCAAUUACUCACUGGACGCCUUUCAGUCAUCUGAGCCUCUUGAUGACGAUGACGAUGCUUCCACAGAUAACAUGGGCACAUGCGCAGACUGUGUUGAUCCUGAUGCGCGCGAAUGUGCAGAGUUCCCAAACUUCAAGACCUUGACACAAGACCAAGUUUCUUCGAUUAUUGGAAAGGCAGCCAUGAAACCUUGUCCUUUCGAUCCUGCACGUACAUCUGUGGUUCUACAGGUUCUUGAUGUGCUGUUACCGGUAAUCACUUGUAUGAUCAACGUAUCGUUUGAAUCUGGUCUGUUCGCAGAGGAAUUGAGGCAGGCCCUCGUAUUACCCACGUUGAAGAAGAGUGGUGUAGACAUCUCGUACAAAACCUUUCGCCCAGUGAGCAAUCUCCCGUAUGUCUCCAAGUGAUCAACGGUCUGACCUUGAGCUCCAGUCGGCCUACAAGAAACACCAUAGUACUGAGUCAGCGCUGUUAAAAGUUAAGAACGAUAUUUUAUUGAAUACGGAUGCGCAGAAGGUGACCUUACUGGUUCUUUUAGAUCUCAGCGCAGCUUUUGAUACUGUAUGCCGCGACAUCUUGUUGGAUCGGUUGAGGUUAAUUAAAACUUGGUGUGACUGACCAGGCACUCAACUGGUUUACAUCGUACCUCUACGACCGUACACAGCGUGUUGCAGUUAAUGGAGGGCUGUUAGAUACCUUUCGCUCGCGCAAGGGGUGCCGCAAGGGUUUUGUCUUGGCCCUCUUCUGUUCACAGUAUAUACCAGCGAACUAUUCGAGAUAGUGGGUCGACAGUUGCCAAACGUGCACUCUUACGCCGAUGAUACGCAAUUGUAAUUGGCAUUCAGUCCAAACGUGCAAGGUGAUGACGCUAGUGCGGUAAAGGCUAUGCGUGAUUGCAUCAUGGAUUUAAGGCAAUAGAAGAUUAGAGACUGACUUAUGUUAAAUGAUGAUAACACUUAGUUUUUGCUCCUUUAAUUGGUACCAGGCAACAGUAGCAAAGGUUGACAUUAGAAGUAAUACUGUUGGUGAGUCUGUUGUGAACGCAGAGCCAGUUGUCAGGAAUCUGGGUUCCUGGUUUGAUUCUCAACUUAGU